UGUGGGUAAUUUUGCUUAAAGUAAAGACACGGGUAUUUCCUGUAGUCGCGCUGGACCAUGAAAACGCACGUGUCUUACACUCUUUCAUUACUGACCGCAGUUAUCUGCUAAGGUCGCAUUUGUUGUAGGUUUGAACGCUGGGCUUUUUAUCGCAAAGCUUUGGCUGUUAAAGCAGACGCGAUGACCCAGAGAUUCUUGUUUAACGCUUCUCUACUUUACAAAGACAUCUGCCCUGAGCAGUCGCGCUUUCUCAUGCAAAGGCAUCAGAGCAUUGGGUCUGCCCUGCCGGUGUCUAUGAUCUGCCCCUUCUGUUUCCAGUGGCGACAGCUGGGCAAUCAUCACGUGCGUCUGCGGCCCAAGCGGAAGCCCACGGCCACGAUUAGAAGACUUCUGAAGAGGGAGUCGGCAGGAAAGAGACUGAGCGCAGAACAGACUGCAGUCCUUCAAAAAUUUAAAAGGGCCUCCAAUGCUCUGAUGGCAAUGUGUCACACCUGUAAUAAGGUGUCCAGACAACCUGGAAUGAAUCGGGAGAUUUUGACUACCUUGUCCAAGAACCGAAGUACCCCAGGAAGCGCAGGCAGACACAGAACUCCACAGUCAGCCAACAAGUCUACUCCAAAAUCCGUAAUAGACAGAACACCAAGUGGCACACCAAGGUCAGCAUCUUCAAACACCAGCUCAUCAUCAUCAAAGCCCGGCAGUGCAAAAUCGUCGCCUUUCGCUCGCCUCAAAAAGAUUCUUAUGCUGGAAAACAAACAGCAGAGCAAGAAAGGUGGUCUGAAGGACUUCCUCUCAUCUCUCUGAAGACCCCAGGGCUGUUCAAAUGAAAGACUCUGGCCCACUUUGAGUGGAGCUGCUAAAAUUCAGAGCAGGAAACUUGAUCACUCCUCCUUGUGUAUUACCAUGCCACCUAGUGGGGGAGUCAUUAGGAUGGAUUGUAUUGAAGGACAGCAUAAUAUUGAAGAGAACAUCUCCUUUUCUUCUGUCAAGUGUCUGUUUCUGAACCCUUGUGGACGAGUGCUGGAAAAGUACUUCUGUAGGGGAGUGUAACCAUGCUGUGACUUUUUCUUAUUUGCCAUUUAUUUUCAUGAUCCCACAUAUUGUUCAUUUUUGUAUAAGAAAGAUAACUUUUAUAUGUUGUGUGUUUAAUGUCAAUUUUUGUACUCUUUGAAUUUACACAUUUAUAUCCGCAGCUCUUAGUUUGGAUCACUGAUAUUAAAAGAAGGAUUGUCUUUACCCUUGGCUUACACACUGAUUUAUUUAUUUUUUUUAAAUGCAAGAUUUGUGCUGGGUUGUUUACAUUUGAUGGCUUAUUUGCUGUCAAACUAUGUAGCAAAGACCAAAAAUAUUUAAUAUGGACUAUUUUCUUAAUACACUUUAAAAGGUGAUGUUUCUGUCUUUGAUCUUUGACGGAUCAUUUUCAAUAAAAAAGUAAAAUAAU